CUAUGAUGGCAGCUGUGGGUUGAUAUCGAUACGAUACUGAAUAUAAAACUAUUUAAAAGUUAGUUAAAGCCACCAACAUAAGAAAGCCGGGAUCAGACUUGUCGUUUCGAAAUAGUUAUCGUUCAUACAUACCCAUUCAUCUUGGGGAACGGUAAGAAGUGGCACUAUGCCCGCAGCUACUGUGGAUCACAGCCAAAGAAUAUGUGAGGUUUGGGCCAACAACCUGGAUGAGGAGCUAAAGAGGAUCCGUCAUGUUAUUCGAAAAUACAACUAUAUUGCUAUGGACACAGAGUUUCCAGGUGUAGUUGCCAGACCAAUUGGAGAGUUCAGAAGUAAUGCUGACUAUCAAUACCAGUUACUGCGUUGCAAUGUAGAUUUGUUGAAGAUUAUCCAGCUGGGCCUCACAUUUAUGAAUGAACAGGGUGAAUACCCACCUGGAACUUCAACAUGGCAGUUCAAUUUUAAGUUUAACCUCACAGAGGACAUGUAUGCACAGGACUCCAUUGAGCUCCUGACGACUUCAGGGAUUCAGUUCAAGAAGCAUGAGGACGAAGGCAUUGAGACGCUGUACUUUGCAGAGCUGCUGAUGACAUCGGGGGUGGUUCUCUGUGAGGGUGUCAAAUGGCUGUCCUUCCACAGUGGCUAUGACUUUGGAUACCUGAUCAAGAUUCUGUCCAACGCUAACCUGCCUGAGGAAGAGGUCGAUUUCUUUGAGAUCCUUCGCCUGUUCUUUCCGGUCAUCUAUGAUGUCAAGUACCUCAUGAAGAGUUGUAAAAACCUCAAGGGUGGGCUACAGGAAGUGGCUGAGCAGCUGGAGCUGGAGAGGAUUGGGCCUCAGCAUCAGGCAGGCUCAGAUUCUUUACUCACGGGUAUGGCUUUCUUCAAGAUGCGAGAGAUGUUCUUCGAGGAUCAUAUUGAUGAUGCAAAGUACUGUGGCCACUUGUACGGCCUGGGCUCUGGUUCAGCAUAUGUCCAGAAUGGAACAGGAAACGCUUACGAAGAAGAGGCUAACAAGCAGCAGUCGUGACAUCAUUGUGAAACUCUCAUCCUAUGGAUCAUAUCCACAAUCAGUGUGGCGCUGCAGCCAAGUCAUGAUGACAGUGGAUGAACAAAACAUGCACACAUCUAGGAAGCUGUUUUUCAUAGGCUCUGCUCACCUUAGACAAGUGAAUAUGACAGUCAAUAGGUAAUAGGUAAAGAAAAUCACAGCUGUCCUCACACAUACCACGUGUAUGUGAGUUUAGUAUUUUAUUCCUAUGAAGCAGCAUUAAGGGAUCUGGUUGGUUCGGAUAGUUCUAACAUGAAACGUUAAAAAAAAAUGGGAUUUUAGUUUUCCUAAAAUUGUUCUGUAGAAAUUUUGCACUUUAGAAGUUCUGACCAGAUCCUGAUUUUAUAUGGAAAGCUGAAAAUGUUUCUGGUAUCCUCCUCUUUGUUGCCUUCUGGAAGUUCCCGUUUUACAUGUGACAUAUGUCUUUAUUGUGAAAAUAACCAUCACCAAGCUCAGCCUUAAUAUUAGCUACCUUAUUAUGUUUUAAAACCUUAAUUUAUUGUGUUGGUUCUCAUUGCCUACUACUGCAUAUACGACUUCUUCCACGUUAACGUACCGGUCAGCCACAUGUUGACAUGCUGUUCUGAAACCAUAGGACUACGCUUUCUUGUCAGACCUAAAUAAUCGAAAGGGGGAGCCCCCGUUGAGUUUGUUUACAUUGCACACCGUUGUCCCAUUAUUCAAAAGGGAUACUCAACUACACACAGCAUAUUUUUUUUCUUUCAUAUGAGUCACGCAACGUUAACUUAUACCCAACUUGAACAUAUAUUUAUGAUAAUCUGGACGAGCUCCAGCCAUGAGAAACCUUAACUCUUUUUACUGAGACGUGUAGUCACCCUUUCAGAUGUACAUGUUUCCCCUUUAUGCAUUUGCUCAAUUUCCACUAAAGUAUUCAAUUUGUUUCAAGCAUACGAGCAUAUUUGGGACCAGGGUGAAGACGCAUAUAAACGGUUUAUUCAGGGAAAACACCACAACCAGAAUAAGCACUGUUACCUGGAGAGUUUUUGGCAUGUAGGUACACUCAUUGACUCGAAACACAAUUUGAACACAGACGCUUUACAAGCCCACGAGGUCUUUGCACUGAGUUCAUCUCCGAGCUGGGUGAGCACCGGUUUUACCAGACCUAAAUAAAAGCAACAACAAAAAAAAAGAAAGAAAAGAGCCCACUGUAGGAAAUGCCACAUUAAGAGCCCAAACAUCUCACUUCAAAGGAUAUUUAAUGUUUUCAUUUUAAUUGAAAUGAAGGUUUUGUGGAGUUUUAGUGUUGUAAUAAUAAAAAAAAAACUUUCCCCAUUGGGAGACACAAAAAGGAUCAUUUCUUUUAAAAAUAAUUCUUAAUUGACAUGCAAACUUUCAGUGGAAUUUCUUUUUUUUUUUUUUUGGAAUUGCUUUACAGAUUAUUCAUGCUGCCUAGAACAGCUGCAUGUCCUCAACCGUUUAACUAAAUGCUGUGUUGUUGAGUAGUAUGUCGAGCUUCCAUAUAGAGGAUUCUUCUAGUGUAUAGUCCCAAUUUAUUAACCUAGCGUGGGAUGAUGAGACUUGUUUGAAACAUUUCUCGUUGUUGCCCCACCUCACAUCUUCCACACCGUGUAAAGAGGUGAUAUUUAAAAAGAAAAAAUAUGCAAAAUGCAAAAGGGUUGUUUUCAGAUUUUUUUUUUUUUUGUAAAUAAAGGCUUGAAGCUUUUCUA